UUAAUUCAGAAAGGAAUCAGAUUCCUUAGAGCACCAGGAAUGGUAGCGUGGAAAGACUUUUGGAGUAGUCAAAAAGCCACAUAUCAAUGUUCCUCUAAACAAAGGAAAACUAUGUACACAAACAUUAAACAAUGUAACAUUUCUAAUCCUUUUAUACCAUAUAAGAAACACCUUGUUAAAUUUUCAAUCAAAUUAAAUUCUCAUCAUAGGAAAAAGUCUAACCCAAUAGCUUAAGUUUUCUACUUUUCUUUUGGAUGGAAAACACAACACUUAAAGCAGAGAACCUUAAACCUAUUAUCCUAAAAGCUGGUGUUCCUUUAGCUGUUUCUUUGGCUGGUUUGAUCUAUGCAUGGAUCAUAACCAAAAAAAGCUUAAAAAAAGUCUCUUCCUUUUCAGAAAAUUACUCUCAUACCCCUGAAAUCAAUUCUCGUGAUGGAAAUAAACAUGAAGAAAAUUUUGACAAUUUUUCUUCUAUGGAAGAUGAAGAAGAAAAAGAAGAAGAACAUGAUACUUCUGUAGAUAGUAGUGUUGUUUCUCGAAGCUUUGAUUUGGAACAAGAGAUUACUUGCUUAAGAAGCAAGCUUGAAGGUAUGCAAAUAAGAGAAUUAGCUUUGACUUUACAAUUUGAUAAAUAUUGUGAAAUGAAAGAGAAAGAAUCUAUGCUUAUGGAAAUCAAAAACAUGUUGUUACUCGAAACGUCUCGAGUCGAGUUCUUUGAUAGAGAGAUUUCAUUCAUAGAGACAGAAACAAUGAGGUUGGAGAGUUUUGUAGUUCAAUACCUUAAGAUUAUUGAAAAAGUUGAGUUUUGGAAAUCAGAGAAUAGGUUGCUUCAAAAGAAAGUUCAGAAGCUACUUAAAAAAUCAAAGAGUCAAUCUCUUUUGAUAAAGGAGCAAUCUUUGAUGAUCAAAGAGGGAGAAGAAGAAAUCUUGAGAAACCAUGAUGAAUUGCAAAAAAGGGCUAGUGUGAUUCAUAAGUUAGAAGAUGAAAUUAAAGAGCUUAAAAGGGUUUUGGAAGAUUUUCAAGAUGAGAAGAAUGAACUUAUGAAGAAACUUGAAACAUCAGAAGAAUAUGCAUGUAAGGAAUUAGAGUCACAUAAAAAACCAUUGAAAUAUUAUUUGCAGAUUGAAUCAAAAGAUGUUCUGAAGGAAGAUUACAACAAGAUUCUAAAUGAAUUGGAGCAUGUUAAGAAGAAACGUGAAAUUGAAGUUGAAGAACUUAUUCACUUAAGGGAGAUUAAUGUUUGUUUAAGGCAAGAGUUAAUGAAGCAUGAAUUGCAUUGUUCCUUUUUGGAUCAUCAAAAUGUGUCUUGCAUUGGUUCUAAUUUUCAUGGUGACCCUUCUUGUUCCAAAAAGAAAAAGUUGAUUAAUAGGCUGAAAAAAUGGGUGGAUGCUAGUGAGAAGGUAAGAGUGAAACCAGAAGCUAAAAGCAGUAAUGAAAUUAAGUGCUUUGGUUUGCAUUCUGCUCCAACUACUCCAAGGUUUUGCUCUAGUGCUUGAGUCAAAAUAACAUACCAUCUACAUUCCUUAGCAAAAAGUCAAAAUAUAAUUAGACUAAGUCAUAAUCUCUAUGUAGUUAUUGAUGAUACUAUAUAAAAAUAGAGAUUGAUGUUGAUGUAUAAGUAAUGAUUAUGUCAUCUAAUUAUUAAAUUUGAUUCAGACUUUGGUUUAA